AUGUCUUCGCCAUCGGUUUCAUACACCGGAAAACAAUUCACCGUCUUUGUAACAUUCCACGUUGCGCCCGACAACAUUGAGCGGUUCAAAGAAGCCCAUCGACCACUCUGGCGACACUGCGCCGACGAGCCCGAAUGUCUCCUCUUUGAUGUAUUUCAGGAUCUGGAGGAGCCAGGAAGAUUCCGGUUUGUUGAGGUGUGGAAUCAGAGUCGGGAGUGGUUCGAGAAGGUGCGUUCGCGGCGAGUCCCAGUGGGUGGGAAUAUGAGGCGAGGACGCUCUGUGCUGAUGGAUGCUCAAUGUGUAGCAUCAGAUGACCAAGCCAUAUUAUUCGAUUCUGUGGGAAAAGUCGAAGCCGUUGUGGGUUGA